CAGCUAUCUCGCAGGGAAAUGUCGCUUUCAUUCCUGACCACAACGCUGGCGCUCGCGCCGACCGCGCUGCGCCCCGCGCCGCUGACCCGUGCUGCUGCGCCGACGAUGUCGGAGCCCAUCGCGCGCCGCGAGAUCUUCAGCAAGGUGCUUGGCUCCGCCGCGCUGCUGUCGGCUGCUGCCGCGAACGCUGAGGUUGACUACGCCGGCGUUGGCUUCCUUGGUGGCUCGUCCACGAUCGACGUGAACAACGCCAACAUCCGCGUCUACAUCAAGCUGCCGGGUAUGUACCCCAACGCGGCUGGAAAACUGGUCUCCAACGCGCCGUACAAGAAUGCGGGCGAGAUGUACUCCAAGUGCAAGUUCACCGCGGCCGAGUCGGCGGCGGUGAAGAAGUACGAGACCCGCUUCAUCUUCCUCGAGCCCAAGCCCGAGUACAUCAUCGACAACAUCAACAACGGACUGUACCGCUAAACGAGGCCCCCGAUGCGUCGCCGCCGCCGCUGUGCCGCCACCACCGCUGUGCCGCCCGCCCCGCCGCGCUGCUAUCCUGCGCUGCCUGCUGAGCCAGCGUGCCCUGCUGUACGGGGCCCGUGGAUAUGUGCACGGACGGUGGACGGCGAGGGAAAGGCAUGUUUUGCGAGACGCCUUCCGGGCGCGUCGUGUGCGCCCUGCUGGUUUUGUGGUCCCAUUACGCGAUACGCGAUAGCUAGAAUGUCUGUGCGAGCUUUAGGAAAGGCGAUUCACAGUGCCUCCGGGCUCA